GUUGGUAAAUACCACCCGGUGUGAGAAGGAGGGGAGGUGGCCGUCGCUAAUAAAGAAAGCCUGAGCUGAGGAAAGUGGGGGUGAGAGAAGCGAAUCAGAAAGCGGCGAUUUUACCGAAUAUUUUCGCUUUUAGAGACCAGAAUUCGGUUGUGACUUUAUCAGCAGUGGUGAAAAUGGCGUGCGGUGCGACGCUAAAGCGCUCUAUGGAGUUUGAGGCGCUUUUGGGCCCUCAAUCACCGAAGCGGAGAAGGUGCAGCCCGCUAGCCGGAGCCUCCGCCACUCCAUCCCCUCAGAGGUGCAGCCUGAGACAGCCGAGCGAUACCCCAGCCUCCCCGGUGUCCCCUCAGCCUUCUGCAGGAGAACACAGGCUCACUCCAGAGCAGAUCUUCCAGAACAUCCGUCAGGAGUACAGUCGCUACCAGAGGCGACGGCAGCUGGAGGGGGCGUUUAAUCAGACGGAGGCAGGGGGCGCCGCUGAGACCUCUAAUCCCAGCUCACCGUCAGGUGCCUCCUCAUUGAAGAAGGACCAGCCCUCGUUCACCCUGAGGCAGGUCGGCUUCCUGUGCGAGCGCCUCCUCAAGGACCACGAAGAGAAGAUCCGCGAGGAGUACGAGCAGAUCCUCAACACCAAACUGGCAGAACAAUACGAGUCGUUUGUGAAAUUCACACAGGAUCAGAUCAUGAGGCGGUAUGGAGCUCGACCUGCCAGCUAUGUAUCUUGAAGACAGACGGGCGGUGGAUGGAGGGUGGAGUCGAGGGCAGCGCGGUCGCUGCAGUAUCUUCUUUAUCUGUUCUAUUCAAUUUCUGGCUUUGUUUAAAGUGCUUGGGUGCCAUGGGUUCUUUAUUAUCCACUUUUAACCCCCCCCCCCCCCCCGUACAAUCUGCCCCCCUCCCACACCUCGUGAUUUCUUUCUUUCUCUCUUUUAUUUUCUUUUUUUUACCUCCUCAGCUACUGAAUGAAUGUUGAUUAAAGCUGUUCGAUAUAAAAACUCUCUUUACAAAUCAGUGCAGAAGAGCUGAAAGUGUAAAUGAAUGUUUCUGCGUUUCCUUUAACUCUCUCUCACUUCCUGUCUCUGAACCUGACGAAUGUGGAUGUUUUUCUUUCAUCUUCUUUAUUUUUAAACAUUUUUAUUUUUAAUGUUUUUUUUUUUUGUUUUUUUUUGAAUAAUAAAGGUUCCGUGAUCUCA